UUCAUCAUGUCACGUCUGUCUUCGUGUGGAAGCAGCACAGUUACUGAGGGCCAGCUUGGCAGAAAUCAGAAUAUUCCAAGAGGAAGAUGAAAAUAUCGGUAUCAACUUGACAGAUCCCAUGUUCAGAGGAAUUUAUAGAGGAGUUCAGAAGCAUCAAGAUGAUUUACAAGAUGUAAUAGAGAGAGCUGUCCAGAUUGGUGUUAAAAAGUUCAUGAUUACAGGUGGAGAUCUGCAGGACAGUAAAGAGGCACUGCAUCUGGCACAAACAAAUGAUAUGUUUUUCAGUACAGUUGGAUGUCAUCCUACAAGAUGUGAUGAAUUUGAAAAGAAUGACCCUGAUCUUUACUUAACGGAGUUGUUAAAUCUUGCUGAAAACAAUAAGGGGAAAGUUGUAGCAAUCGGGGAGUGUGGACUGGAUUUCGACCGACUACAGUUCUGUCCCAAAGAUACUCAGCUCAAAUACUUUGAAAAACAGUUUGAACUGGCAGAACUAACAAAAUUACCAAUGUUUCUUCACUGUCGGAACUCACAUGCUGAAUUUUUGGACAUAAUGAAGAGACACAGAGACCGGUGUGUGGGGGGAGUGGUACAUUCCUUUGAUGGUACGAAGGAAGCAGCCGCAGCCUUGGUUGACUUGGAUCUCUAUAUAGGAUUUAAUGGUUGCUCACUGAAAACCGAGGCUAAUUUGGAAGUUCUGAAGUCAAUACCUAGUGAAAAAUUAAUGAUUGAAACAGACGCACCUUGGUGUGGAGUGAAAAGUACACAUGCUGGAUCAAAAUACAUAAAAACUUCAUUUCCUACCAAAAAGAAGUGGGAAAAUGGGCACUGCUUAAAAGACAGGAAUGAACCCUGCCAUAUAAUUCAAAUACUGGAGAUAAUGUCAGCAGUAAGAGAGCAGGAUCCAUUGGAAUUAGCCAAUACGCUAUAUAACAACACCAUUAAAUUAUUUUUUCCUGACAUGUAAUUGGUAUGUUCUUUCCAUUUUCCAUCAUGUAUGUAAAAUUUCAUGGUAAAACUUACUGAAAGAUUGAAUAAAGGAAGUCUCUGGAAGUUGUCUGAAGAGGUGCUCCAUAUUACUACA